AUGGGGGCAAUCGGCGGUGGGGGUGGCACCAUCACGUACGAGUGGGUGGGGGAGCAGUGGCUAGCGUCGUGGCUGUCGGAAGAGAGAGUCGUGGAGGCGAUUCUCGGAGACUCGGCUGGUGUCGGACAGUCCGAGACGGAGGAUGCUGCUGCUGCUGCUGCUGCUGCUGCUGCUGCUGCUGCUACUGCUGCCAAACACGGGGAUGGGCCACAGGGUGGAAGGAGCAGGGGCGAUCACUCCGAGAAGAAGGGACACGACACUCACGUGGAGGUGCUCAAGAGGGCCGACGGGCUUCUCUGCUUCAUGGCGGACCACGAUAGGCUGUCGGAGAAACACCUGGAUCUGCUCUGGGCGGCGGGGAUAGGACAGCCUGACGCCCAGGUGCGAGCGGUGUUCCGGUUGUUCGAACACCUCUGCCCAAGGCUGGACAGGAAGGGUCUCGACGUUCUCUACGGCCACCUUCGAGAUAUGCCGCCCCAGUACGAGGAGAUGCACGUCCAACUCAUACAUCGCUUCGCGGAGGCCGCCAGCGGGUGGGGCGCGCGCGGGGGGUCUGCGGAUAGGGCGAGCACGUCACACGAUGCCAACCCGCAGUCCAUAUUCGGGCGUGGCGGCAACGAGCUGCUGUGGGAAUCAGUGCAAGAUCAUGCACCCGUGACGGCUGAGGUGGCAGACCAGGCCUCGGAGGCGUUGGCUGUUCUUCUCUGCCACCCAUCCGGGGCGGAUGGCGGCAACUCAUACAGCAACGUUUCGCCCGGCGGACGGUUGCAAGCGGGGAUGGGCUACCUUAGUGGCGGGGGCGGUGGUGGUGCCGGGGGCGGGGGUGCGGCUGCUACGGCGGCGGCGAGGGAAGGCGAGAUUCACUGGAAGCGGCUCAUGUUCUUCUUCGACAUGUGCUUAGAGAACGUGGAAGGUGGAAAGAGCGUGGCCCCGAGCCUUCGCCUCAUGCAGCGCAUCAUCGACGCGCAGCCCGAGAUCUCGACGAACAACGCCUGGGCGAACGCGGUCGUCGGGGGAGGGACUGCUGGCGGAGGCUUUGGCGGGGGGGAGGGGGUCGGGUCCGCGAGAGGCGCGGGCGGUGCUGGGCGAAAGGACGAGAUUUUGGAGACGCUGAACAAGGAUCGCAGCCUCCUCAAGCUUCUCGUUGACGAACUCCUGAGGUACCGAGCGCACGCGCAGACAGCAGUAGCCCAAGAAGUCGGAAUCACCGCCGGCCCAGGAGAUAGCGGGGGCGGGACUUCGGGCGCGGCGCGCGACCCCCUCUCCCUGAAGCUGCUCGGGGCGCGCCUGCCUCACGGGGAAGCCCUGGAGAUCCGACUAGAUUUUAUCCGAUUCGUCGUCUCGAAGUCAAAUCUUGAGCUCACCUUCGGGCUUGUAGAGUUGCUCUGGCGAGACUUCCUGCAGAAGCCUCUCUGCGCGACGGAGACUGAGAUUUUCUUCGCGUGGAUGCAGCGCACGACGCCGGUCGCCCGAGGCACGUCGUACGGUGUCCAGAGCGACCAGGACUUCUACACCAUGUCUUCCACGGUAUGUCGGAAGGGAGGG